UACCAUUUUAUUUGAAUAGGUACAAAAAAGUAGUAAAAUAAUGUAUAAUUAUUUUUAAAUUAUCAUAAAAAAAAUAUGUUAAAAUUAGUGCUAAACUCCAAUUUACACGUAAUAUGACUUGAAUAUUUUUUGUUAAUUGAUACUACUAAUUUAAAUUCUUAUUUAUAUUAAUAUUUUCAACAUGGAAACUUUUUAUAUACUACUUAUUAACAUUGUACUUAGUGUUUUUGCCUUUAUUUCUACUUUUAAUAUUAUACCACGACUAAAAGAGAUGUUUAUUACUGCUAAUUUAUUCGGAAAAGAUCUAAAUAAAAAAUCAGAAAAUAAAAUGUAAGUUAAAAAAUAUUUUCUUUAAUAUAAGUAGAAUAAUUAUUUAAACAUGAAAUUGUAACUAUUAACUUAAAAUAUGAUUGUUGUAAUUCUAAAAUCAAUAUUUCAAUUAUUUGAUAUGGUGUUAAUUUAGACCUGAAGCAUUUGGAGUAGUUUCUGGAUGUACAUUUUUGAUCACAAUGUUUGUAUUAAUACCAAUCAUAUUUGGCAGACACAUGUUACAAAAUGAUACUAAUCAAUUCCCGCACAGUCAAGUAAUUUUGGUUUUAGUUUUAUUUUAAGUUAAAAAAAUUAAUGAUACUAAUCAAAUUUAUUUCUAAUACCUAAUUAAUUGAAUACAAAUAUAUAUAUAUACUAUUUUAGGUAUUUUCAAACCGUUACUAUUUUAACCAUGUGGAUUGAUCUCUCCCAUGGGAGGGAAUGUGGAAUAAAAUCUAUACUUUAAAAUCUGAUACUUUAACUAUUGGAUAAAUAAAAUAUUUAGAACCUCGUACAAAUUUAUUUAUCUAUUAAAAAUAUGUUUCAACUAUUUUCUAUUUGAUUUUUGUGCUUUCAGUUCAUAGAAAUGCUAGCUGCUCUGUUGUCAAUUUGCUGUAUGCUUUUAUUGGGAUUUGCAGAUGACGUACUUAACUUACGAUGGCGACAUAAACUACUACUACCGACUGUGGCUUCUUUACCUUUACUUGUCGUUUAUUACAUAAAUUUUAACUCUACCACAAUAAUUGUGCCAAAACCUCUGAGAGACAUAUUAGGAGUAUCUAUUAAUUUAAGUAAAUCUAAAAGUUUAUGAUUGGUUACAUUAAUUUUAAAUAACUAUUUUUAUUUACUUUUAAUUUGUAUAGGUCUACUUUACUAUGUUUAUAUGGGUAUGCUAGCUGUGUUCUGUACAAAUGCUAUUAAUAUUCUAGCUGGAAUAAAUGGUUUAGAAACUGGCCAAAGUCUUAUUAUAGCGAUUUCUAUUUUAAUUUUUAAUUUGAUUGAACUAUCAGGAAACUGUUUUCAGGCGCAUCUAUUCUCAUUACAUUUUAUAAUACCAUUUAUAGCUGUUACUUUUGCUUUAUUAAAAUAUAACUGGCAAGUACAACAGAGUUCACUCUUAGAGAUAUUUGGGACUGUAAAAGUUGAAUGUAUUUAUGAUUUUACAGGUACCCUUCUGAAGUAUUUGUUGGUGAUACUUUUUGUUAUUUUGCCGGUAUGACUUUUGCAGUAGUUGGGAUCCUUGGUCAUUUUAGUAAAACUAUGUUACUGUUUUUCUUGCCUCAGAUAUUUAAUUUUCUCUACUCAACUCCCCAGUUAUUUCAUUUUAUACAUUGUCCGAGGCAUCGUAUACCCAGGUAUGUAAUAUUAACUCAAAAUCUAUUAUAUCCAUUAAUAAGUAGAAUAUACAUUUGGUAGGCUGGACAAGUAUGGAAAAUUAUCACCAAGUUAUGCAGAGUGCGAUAAAAAUAAUAUUUCAACUAUUGGGAAAAUGUGUAUUAAAUUGAUGUUGAUCUUUAAAAUAAUCCAUGUUGAAGAGAAAAUUGAUGGAAAUAUCAAAUGUAAUAAUUUAACACUUAUUAAUUUAUGCUUACUUUUAAUAGGACCUACAAAUGAAAAAACAUUGACCAUAAUAUUGUUAAUCAUUCAAGUAAGUUAAUAAGGGAUAUUAAUGUAUUUUAUGUAUUAUAUUUUAUUUUAUUUUUUUCAGAUUGUUUGCAGUUUAUUGGCAUUUAUUAUACGUUACCCAUUAGCAUCAUUAUUUUAUGAUGUAUAAUUUAUUAUUUAUUUGCAAUAUUUCUCAUUUGAGACAUUAAGUCUAGUUUUGUUGUAUAUUUAUACAUAAUGAACAAAAUGACUGUUUUUGUUAUAAAAUGUUACCAAUUAUUAAUUAAAAUAAAAUAAAGUUCAUUUAAA